GAUUUUCAAGGGUGACCAAGCUCCACUUAAAAUCUCACCAGUAAAAUGCCUGAUCUGAUGUGUGCAUGGACUAAAAUCAUGGAGACUGAGCUGCUAGAUAUCAGCCUUGUCAAAGAUGCCAGAUGCGGAAAACAUGCCAGAGCUCCCAAGGAUCCCAAACUGCGCGAACUCUUGGAUGCUGGGAACCUGGGAGGUCGACUGGAAAAUCGAAUGAUAACUGUUGUCUAUGGUCCAGACCUGGUCAAUAUAUCGUACUUGAACUUGGUGGCAUUCCAAGAGGAUAUAGCAAAGGAAUGGUCAGAUGAAGUGUUCAGUUUGGCAACAAAUCUGUUGGCACAGAACAUGUCAAGGGACGCGUUCCUGGAAAAAGCUUACACAAAACUUAAGCUGCAGGUGACUCCAGAAGGGCGCAUUCCUCUGAAGAACAUAUACCGCUUGUUUUCCGCUGACAGAAAACGAGUAGAGACCGCGUUAGAAGCUUGUAAUCUUCCAUCUUCCAGGAAUGAUUCAAUCCCUCAAGACGACUUCACGCCAGACGUGUACAGGGUGUUCUUAAACAACCUCUGCCCUCGGCCUGAGAUCGACCACAUCUUUUCUGAGUUUGGUGCCAAGAGCAAACCAUACCUUACUGUUGAUCAGAUGAUGGAAUUUAUAAAUUUUAAGCAACGUGAUCCACGAUUAAAUGAAAUCCUCUAUCCACCGUUAAAACAAGAACAAGUUCAACAACUGAUUGAGAAGUAUGAACCCAACAGUAAUCUAGCAAAGAAAGGACAGAUAUCAGUGGAUGGAUUUAUGCGAUAUCUGAGUGGAGAAGAAAACGGCGUUGUUCCACCUGAGAAACUGGAUUUAAAUGAAGAUAUGUCUCAACCACUAUCACACUAUUUCAUCAAUUCCUCACACAACACCUACCUCACAGCUGGACAGCUGGCCGGUAACUCAUCGGUGGAGAUGUAUCGGCAAGUGCUUUUGUCAGGCUGCCGCUGUGUGGAGCUGGACUGCUGGAAAGGACGAACAGCUGAAGAAGAGCCGGUCAUUACACACGGAUUCACUAUGACAACUGAAAUAUCCUUCAAGGAAGUAAUAGAAGCUAUUGCUGAAUGUGCAUUUAAGACAUCGCCCUUUCCGAUCCUCCUUUCCUUUGAAAAUCAUGUGGAUUCUCCUAAACAACAGGCAAAAAUGGCAGAGUACUGCAGAUUAAUAUUUGGAGAUGCAUUGCUUAUGGAUCCAUUGGAAAAAUACCCGCUUGAACCUGGGGUUCCUCUUCCAAGCCCUAUGGAUUUAAUGUACAAAAUUCUGGUGAAGAAUAAAAAGAAGUCCCAUAAGUCUGCAGAUGGAAGUGCAAAAAAGAAGCUCUCUGAGCAAGCUUCCAACACGUGCAGUGAUACUUCUAGUAUGUUUGAACCCUCCUCCCCCGGAGCAGGAGAAGCAGAGAUUGAGAGCGAUGAUGAUGAUGACUAUGAUGAUGACUGUAAAAAGUCGUCGAUGGAUGAAGGUACUGCUGGAAGUGAGGCUAUGGCCACGGAAGAGAUGUCUAACCUGGUGAACUACAUUCAGCCUGUGAAGUUUGAGUCAUUUGAAGUAUCAAAAAAACGCAACAAAAGUUUUGAAAUGUCUUCCUUUGUGGAAACCAAAGGGCUUGAGCAACUUACAAAGUCUCCUGUGGAGUUUGUGGAAUACAACAAAAUGCAGCUAAGCCGAAUUUACCCAAAGGGAACACGUGUAGAUUCUUCGAACUACAUGCCACAAGUCUUUUGGAACGCCGGCUGCCAAAUGGUUGCUCUUAACUUCCAAACUGUAGAUUUGUCUAUGCAAAUAAACAUGGGAAUGUAUGAGUACAAUGGCAAAAGCGGAUACAGAUUAAAGCCAGAAUUCAUGAGAAGACCAGACAAACACUUUGAUCCAUUUACUGAAAGUAUAGUGGAUGGAAUAGUAGCUAACACCUUGUCUGUCAAGAUAAUUUCAGGUCAGUUUCUUUCUGAUAAAAAAGUCGGUACCUAUGUAGAAGUUGACAUGUUUGGCCUGCCUGUGGAUACAAGAAGAAAAGCUUUGAAGACCAAGACCUCUCAAGGCAAUGCAGUUAAUCCCGUCUGGGAAGAGGAAACCAUAGUGUUUAAGAAGGUCGUUUUGCCUUCCCUGGCAUGUUUGAGGCUAGCAGUGUAUGAAGAAGGAGGGAAAUUUAUUGGUCAUCGGAUAUUACCAGUCUCAGCAAUUCGACCAGGCUAUCACUACAUCUGUUUGAGGAACGAGAGGAACCAACCUUUGACACUGCCAGCUCUCUUUGUGUACAUAGAGGUCAAAGACUAUGUACCUGAUACUUAUGCAGACGUGAUCGAGGCCUUAUCCAAUCCAAUCAGAUAUGUAAACUUGAUGGAGCAGAGAGCUAAGCAACUGGCCGCACUGACUCUGGAAGAUGAAGAAGAGGUAAAGAAAGAGAUUGACCAUGGAGAUGCACCGUCCGAAGCUAACAAUGAACCUAGGCCAACACCAGCAGAAAAUGGAGUAAAUUACACUGCCUCUCUUACACCGAAACCAGCAACUCAGGUUGUCCAUAGCCAACCAGCACCAGGUUCGGUGAAAGCACCUGCAAAGACAGAAGAUCUUAUUCAGAGCGUCCUCACAGAAGUGGAAGCACAGACUAUUGAGGAGCUAAAACAACAGAAGUCUUUUGUUAAACUUCAGAAGAAGCACUACAAGGAAAUGAAAGACCUUGUAAAGAGGCACCACAAGAAAACCACUGACCUUAUCAAAGAGCACACUGCAAAGUAUAAUGAAAUCCAAAAUGACUACCUGCGACGAAGAGCGGUUUUAGAAAAAACAGCAAAAAGAGACAGUAAGAAAAGAUCUGAAACGGGCAGCCCAGACCACAGUUCUUCAACUAUCGAACAGGAAUUAGCUGCGCUCGACUCUGAAAUGACCCAGAAGCUAGUUGAGCUGAAGGAGAAGCAACAACAGCAGCUGCUAAAUCUCCGACAGGAGCAGUAUUACAGUGAAAAGUACCAGAAACGAGAGCACAUUAAGCUGCUUAUUCAGAAGUUGACAGAUGUAGCAGAGGAGUGUCAGAACAGCCAGCUAAAGAAACUGAAAGAAACAUGUGAAAAAGAAAAGAAAGAACUGAAGAAAAAAAUGGACAAGAAGAGGCAGGAGAAGAUCACAGAAGCAAAGUCCAAGGAUAAAAAUCAAAUGGAAGAAGAGAAGACUGAAAUGAUUCGAUCCUAUAUCCAGGAGGUGGUGCAGUACAUAAAACGGCUAGAAGAUGCUCAGAGUAAAAGACAGGAAAAACUUGUAGAAAAACACAAGGAGAUUCGUCAACAAAUACUGGAUGAAAAGCCUAAGAGCAUAGAAGAACAAGAAGUAGAGGAAAAACAGAAGUAGAAAUGGAAUAUGAGACUAUAGUGAAAGUGGAACUUGAUCAGGAAUAUCAAGACAAAUUCAAAAGACUGCCUUUGGAAAUUCUGGAGUUCGUACAGGAAGCCAUGAAAGGGA